AUGACGAUACAAGCCCUGUCACUGAACACCCUUGUUCAAUAUAAAAACAACACACAAGAAUCAUGGAACAAAAUUACAAAAUCAAAUAGAGAAUCAAAUUCCCCAGUAAAACCGGCAGCUAAUUUGGACCUACCGCCGCUUCCUCCACUUCCACCGUCGACUCCUCCCAAUAAUAUAACUACUAAUAGCUCGACCCAACCCACAAUGAGUCGAGCUUCUUUGAACCGUUUAGAGGUUGAAUCAGGCUCAAGCAAAUCAUUACCGAUUUCAUUUCCUUAUUACUUUUUGGACCAAGGUGACCCACAAGAUACUUUUAAUUUAUGGCAAAGGCAAGACGAUUUGUUAACUAAUACUAGCGAUAGAAGAGAAGAGAAUCCACCAUUAAAAUCACACACUCCCCAAGUUUACACAGAAAGAAUCGAAAACACCAGGAAAUUGAACAACGACGAGGUUUUCAACCCAGUACCUAAAAGAUUCUCACAAUUUAUCAUUGAUCAACAAAACCCAUACGUUAGUCAGAGAUUGGACAAUUUAUCCACCGUCUCUCCUUCAAUGCAAAGUGAUAGACAUAUAAUGAGAACCUUGACUCCGUUAACAGGUGCAAAUAAAAAGCAGACUGGGCUGCUGGUAAUGAAUCCUGAACGACAGGAGAAUGAUAGUAAAAAGACUUCCGACCAAUUGACACCACCACGAAGAGAAAUAUCUGACUCUAUGGGCUCUCAAGCCACAAUCUUUUCCACGAGACAAGAAUUACACAAUGUUCCCUUGGUCAAUAGAGGUGUGAAGAAAAGCAACACUUUAUUCCGAAGAAAGAAUAAAUCCAAGCGUACUAGUAAUGUUAGAGUCCAGACAUCAUCAAGUGAAGCCUCGAAUCUUACAAGAAAGAAUGCUAUAAGGUCAAAACAAGGAAGUUGGUUAUACAGACUUAAAGUGCGUCUCCAAAGAAUAGUAGCUAAAUUCAAGUUUUAUAGUUUCAAAGUAUCUUCAAGAAGAUCAGCCAGUAUUAGGCGAUCAAAGUCGACAAAAUUGGUCCGGAAACUUCGAGAGAACCCCCAAAACAGAGACAUAAAAAGAAUUCAAAGUAUACGUGCGUCAUCGUCGCGUUUUAACCAUAUUUCAAACCCAUUAACUAAUCCACACUUGGGGAAACAACCUGUUUUCAAAGUUGCUACCAUCGAUGACAACUUGAAAUAUUUAGCAGGGGCACCCAGGGAUAUUAGUUAUUUAGAAAACUACAGGAGAGAAUCACAAGCGAAAUUGAAUCAUUUAUCAGAGUAUAUUCAACAACAAGAACAGGAUUAUAUGCAAAAUAUGGUGGAUAAUCAAGCGGCUAGUCAAACAAGCAAGCUGAUUUUACCAUCUCCAGACUUUAAUGAUACUCGAAGCGAAUUAUUAACUGAGUCAGUAACAACUCAUGUUAAGACAAUAGACGAGCCCCCGUCCAGACAACCCCCGUUGCCUCCGCCACAUUUAGAUAACAGUUUCAAUAGUAUCAAUGUCAACAGCCGCAAUGUGUCCUUAGCACAACAACAACGUAAAUUGCUGCAUCAGUUGCACCAGAAAUCACAAAAUGGAAUUAGACAGUAUGAAGUUGCGGAACUAUGGAAUAGUUAUUUAAAACAAGUACUAUUUAAAAGAAUCCAAUUGCGACAAGAAAUAAAUAUGUUUCAGAAUUUUAUGGCUACUUUGGCUACUUCCAACAAUCAACCAAACAUAAAACACAUUAUUGCUGAGUCAACAGUUGGGUCAUCGUCAUAUAAUGAAUCUUUUAUACUGGCACCACUUAAAUCCAUGAAAGGUGAGAAAUCAAUUGUUUCUUCAUAUUCCAGCCAUAGUGCAACACACAAGUCCAAUUAUUCGUCAUCUGACAGACAAGAUGCUGAUUCAAUAUACACCACUGGAUCCACUGAAUCUAAUCAGGAGAUGAAAGAUCCGAAUUACGAGGACGAGGAAUUCAACAAAAAGGUCUUGAAUAGAAGAUCAAUGUUGGGUGAGAUGUUAGAGUAUCUGUCGGAGGAAGAGGAAGAUGAGAAUUUUGAAGAUCACGAAUCAAUUUCAUCAUUACAAAAAACGUAUUCCGUUGUUAGCAGUGGCAAGAAUUCCGAUGUCUUGAUGAAAACCUAUGGUACUGUAAUUAGAAGAAGUAAUUCAAAACUCAAUUCACCGUUGAAAAGAUCAUUUGGUUUGAAUCAUAGUCUAAGUUCUAUAGUUAGUUAA